GUUAUUCUUCAGCUUCUUCGGGCGAGAGAAAGUCGCGCGAGCUGGUCGUCGAGCCGACAUAAUUCCAUUUCCGCCGUCAGGACUGCAGACUGCAGCGCUGAAUUCGCUCUCCUCUCUCUCUCUCUCUGCACGCAGCCGCUGGCUACCGAAGGAAGCUGCCCCAGGGACUUUCGAGGACUGUUCGGCGCACUACGGUUUCGCCCUUGUCCUUGCAAGCGCCAAGGAUUACGUGCUGGAAACCGACUGUCCCGAGCAGUUUGGGGUUCGGCGAAGAGUUCAUCUAGCGAGAGUUCGUGCUUCGCGCGCCAGAUCCACGAGUGCCGAUCGCGGUCGGCGUAGGAAGACGUCGCUCCUGGUUUCGAUCUUGAGUUUCUAGCAGACGACAUCCGGGUGCUUCAACAUGAGCGGACACGUGGGAGACCUGAGUCCCAAACAGGAACAAGUCUUGCAACAGUUCCGAGAAGUUUGUGCCGACCUUCUGAGAAACGACGACGAUGACUACUACUGUCUGAGAUGGCUUAGAGCACGAAACUUCGACAUCCAGCAAGCAAAGGAAAUGCUCAAAAAGAGUCUGGCCUGGAGGAAGUCCAACAACAUCGACAGCCUCCUCACAGAGUACACGCCACCUCCGUUCCUGGCGAAGAACCUCAUAGGGGGCUUGUACGGCGUGGACAAGAACGGUGGCCCUGUCUGGAUCUAUCCCUUUGCCAACGUCACUAUAAAAUCACUGAUGCGUGGCUGUACCGCCAAGGACAUUCUGACUCUGAUGGCCUAUCGAUGCGAGAUUGGAGUCAAGGUGAUGGAGGAACAGACCAAAAAGCUUGGUAAGCAUGUGGAAACGCAGACAGUCAUCUUCGACUUCGCGGACUUCUCAAUGAUGCAAGCACUCACGGGCGACGCCCUGGCUAUUUUGGGCGGAUUCCUGCGCAUGUACGAGGCCAACUACCCAGAGCGACUGCAGCACGCCUUCGUGAUUAACGUUCCGUCCCUGUUCUCCGUGUUCUUUAACCUCGUCAAGCCGCUGCUGAACGGCACCACGCUACAAAAGGUUUCCGUCUAUGGCAAGGACCAGUGGAAGGAAGCCCUCCUCAAGCAGAUCGAUCCAGACCAGCUACCCAAGCACUGGGGUGGAAACUGCGUGGACGAAAAGACUGGCGAUCCUCGCUGCAAUUCACACAUCACUGUGUGGACGCCGAUUCGGGAAGACGAGUACGUCCGCCGCAAUAGCCUGAACGGCGCCGACUCGGUCAACGGUGCCGACUCGGUGCAGAGCACCACUGUGUCCGUGGAACGUCGCAGCUGCCUCGAGGUCCCCGUGACCGUGGACCAGGGGGGCUCUCGGCUGUGCUGGCAGUUCGAGACCGAGGACCACGACAUCGGCUUCAGCGUGACCGCCAGGGCCUCCGGCAGCGGUGACGAAGUUGUGGUGCAGCCCUGGGAGCGGGAGGACUCGCACCUGCGGCCCCGCGACGGCAGUGUCUUCUGCCAGGAGACCGGAACCUACGUGCUUAAGUUUGACAACACAUUCAGCGCCUGCCGCAGCAAGAAGCUCACCUACGCCUUCCAAGUGAUACCACCCACGACGAAUCAAGUCAUCGCUGACGCGUGAUAUUCAUCAGACAUUGAGCCCCCUGGCCACUUUGACAGUAACCCCCUUUUUUUUAUGAAAACACGACUGUCCGGGACAGUCUUGCUAGUACUUCGUCAUAUUCGAUGCAAACACACCUUGUAUAUUUCAGACACAGCUUAAGAUCUUCUGUCAACAAUCUAUUGCAAGGGAUCCUGAAAUUUUUACUUCUACCAAAUGUCUUGUCAAAACGUAUGGCUUCAUCAUGCUGACCAAAGGCAGUAGUUGAACUCACUUUGCAUCUUAUUGUGUCGACAGAUAAAUCUCAUGACGGCGAAUAAAUGAGACUGUGAAGGCAGCCUUUUCGCCGCAAAUGAUACACUAGUAGCAGUAGUAUUUUACCGAUGCGUAUAUGUCUUCUUUUUUUGUUCUCAAUUUUUCCCGUAUUUUGUUCUUACCCUUCACUUACAUGGCUUGCCCGUGACGUCAUCGCAGUAUGCUGGUGGUCAUUUCCACUUAUUUUGGCUGAGAAAAGCAAAUUCAUUGGUGUGAAAUAUGUGCUGCGGAAAGUGCUCAGCAGCAAAGCACCCCAUAAUGGUAGCUGAUGGGACGUCAAUGCAAGCCAUGUAUGGCUGGAAAACACAGAGGCCAAACCAUAGGUUUUUUAUGACUUCGGAAACACUUCCCAAACCUCUUGCACAAGUGUGACCACUUUCAAAUAACUAACACAGCCGCUUGCGUUUGGCCUAUCAUAUACUUUUAAGGUCCUCUACAAGUACCGGUGAGUCCGCGAGCAGGGACAUGAGUUUUUAGCACAUUGAAUGCAGACAUGGGAUGCCUAUUUCAGAAGAAUCGUUGGAUCGACAGAUCCAGUAACUGAUGUCGGUUUGAAAGAACUCGUAUACACGCACUUUUCAGAGAUCGAACCGCCACCUCGUGGGUUUCAGAGGAAGCCGGUGAAGGUGCGGCGUCGGUCAUUCAAACUGACAUGUCGUCUGCUCUUUCAUAACGUGUGGUAGCUAACGGCGAAAAUAUAAACAUUGUGCAAAACUAUUUUGAUAACGCCAACUCGACCGUCGCAGGUGCAGGUUGCUUGUCUUCGGUUCCUAAUACAAAUCCCUGCACAAGGCGUGGAGACGUUGCGAAUGCGCAAGAUGCGAGUGGCGCUCCAGUGAUACCCAGCAAAAUUAUUAACUGCACCCUUUCAGCGAACAGUACAUUUUAGCACCUGAGGACGUCAUGAUGAUUCUCACGUCCGGAAUCAUGCUAGCAUUGUCGGAAGGGCCACAACGGCUGGUCCCGAUCAGCGACUUUUAAUUACUGACAAAAUUAGCUCUUUGGAUGAGCCCCAUUAAACCCCGCCUAGUGCCCCUGAAGCUUUUCAAGGAUAUGUUGAGUCUGGCCGACGCUAACGUAUAAUGGAGUUCCGGUAAUAUGUACUUGUGAUUGUGAUAACGGUUUGGUAUUUGUCGUUUACUUCGUAGGAUCAUGAUUUAUCCUCCAGAGAGUAGCCAUGUGGACGUAUGUACUUUCUAUUUUUGUACGAUUUUACAAGUAUUUACAUGAUAGCGUAAGGAUCGAGAAAUAAUGUUGGCAAGUAUGUUUUCUGCAAUAAAUAUAUACCUGACGUUUC